AAAAAUUCUAUCAAGUUUUUAGUAGCAACAAAGAAGCUCAGAUAAUUCACAAUUACAGUUCUCUUAUUGCAAUCUUGACAAACCAUAUUAGAGAGUGGUAUAAGAAUAUAUCCUUUCCUGUAGUUAAAAUGGCUUUACUUGGUGAAUCAGUAAGAUUGAGCCAUGUUAUAAAUACUAAUGGUGAACAAUUAAGCAUUUCAGCCCUUGUUUCUUCUGGAGAUUACAUUAAUUCACUUACUGAAAAAAGUGAAGCUCAGUUUGUUAUUCCCACCUUAUCACCAGUUAGCCUACAAUAUUUUUGUUUAAACAAUGAAGAUGAUGGUGAUGCGAAAAUUGCCACUAAAAUAAUACAAAGCCUACUUACAACAGAAUCUUCUUUUGAUGACGAAGUGAUGGAUGGAAGGCCCUUUGAAAGAUUCCAUGCAAACUGGGAAUUACUAUACCGUGUGCUUCGUGAAAAUGGAAAGAAGAUAAGUCUUCAUGAGAUUUAUGGUUUAUCUGACAGAGACAAAGAAGAAAUUGAGAUACAGUUACAAAGAAAGAGAAUUGCAUACUGUCAUGAAGAAAUAGAAUUUCCUCCAAAUGAUACAAUAUACAAUUCAUCCAGAAAAGUUUUUGAGAAUCUUAAUGAUUAUUUAUUUGUUCCCAAAAAAUCAAAUAAUAAUGAGUUUGACAUGGUUAUAUUUGAAAGAAAAGCAGACGAAUCUGGCUAUAUCACAAUCAAUAUUGAAUGCAGAUUUACUUAUCGAGACCAUCAGACAACAUUAGGAAGUAAGGAGAUAUUGAAUAAAUAUGAAAAUAUGAAAAGGAAAUACCUUAUGCAUGUAAGAUAUUUAUGCAAUAGACUUAGAAGUGAAACUAAUGCAUGGGAAAAUGGAUCAUUUUAUGAUAAAUCUUGUGUGGGAAAACUCAAAAUGACCGAAAAUGAUAUUUAUCUGGUUUUUGUGGUUUGGAGACACUUAGACUUAGGAAUGCUCAGUCAUGAAGUAUUAAAUAAUAAAAAUAUAAUUAUUGUUGAUAGAGAACAUUUGAAAAAAAUUUACACUCCAUCACUUGUAUCACGACCACAAUUUUAUAGUCAAAUAUUUGAACAAAUCAAUAGUAUCAGAUAUGAAGGCUGA